AUGACAUCUACCAUGGACCAUGAGAAGGCGACAAUAGUAGCAGACCACAUGGAGAUGCCUGAGAAAGGCUUUUCAGAUCAACAGCAGCCCGCGAACGGUGAUCUCCAACUCAUUAACACCAUCGGCGAAGUCAGAAGAAUCCCCAUCCCGUCCAGCGAUCCUAAUGAUCCUCUCAACUACUCAAAGUGGAGAAAACUGGGCAUCUUGAUUUGCUGCUGCUGGUUUUCGAUCUUCUCCCUGGUCCUUGUUGGUGGUCUUGGACCUAUUCUCGGAGUGUUCAUCGGUCUUUACGCUCCUGCCGGAAAGACUGUCCAAGAAGUUGUUAACCUCACGACUUACCCCUCUUUGGUCAUGGCAUUCGGCAGUUUCCUCAUUCUUCCUCUAUCCAUGAUGUUUGGCCGACGACCCAUCUUCUUGGGAUGUUGCAUUCUCUUGCUUGGUUCAACAUUCGGCGCCGGUGCCAGCAACUCGUACAACACACACAUGGCUUGCCGUAUCCUCCAGGGCAUCGCGGCGGGAGCGACUGAAUCUGUGUUGCCUCUGAUCAUCACCGACAUGUCUUUCGUGGACGAACGCGGCUUAUACUUUGGCAUCUACUGGGGUACUCAGAAUCUUAUCAAUACUGUCUUUGGUAUCAGCUGCUCCUACCUGGUCGCUGCCACUUCCUGGAGAUACUUCUACUGGGUCUUGGGUAUCUUCGCUGCCGGCGGUAUGGUUGUUGCCUUCUUCCUGUUGGCUGAAACCAGGUACACUAGAUCGCCUGCUUCAAUGAACGGCCAGGUCGUCUUUACUGACGAAUGGGGUGUCACUCACUUCCUCACCGACGCCGAAGCUCGCGAACGCCUCGGUGACGUGCAGCAGUCCGACACUCAAGAGUACCGUCAGAAGACCUACCUUCAACACCUCAACCCCUCCAGUGGUGUUGCACCUAACGCCAUCAAGCUUGGUCUUGGUGCGAAUGUCAAGAUGCUGCAAGCCUGCAGUUCUCCUGGUGUCAUCUACGCAAUCUUGGUGUCCUCCAUUGCCCUUGGUGUGGGUAUCGCCAUGUCGCUUGUUUAUGCUUCAAUCUUGACAACCGGGUUUCACUGGUCGGAAAAGUCAAUCGGACUCGUCAAUGUCGGCAUUUUCCCUGCAGCUCUCGCGGCAAUGUUCUACGCUGGUUACAUCGGCGACAAGAUGAAUCUCUGGCUUGCUAAGCGUCGCAACGGCGUACACGUUCCCGAGGACACUCUGAUUCAACUCAUCAUGCCUUUCUUCGUCGGCGCGAUCGGCAUCAUCAUCUUCGCCAUCACCGCAAACGAUCCAGAGAACCACUCCUCUUGGGGCAUCAUCAUGGGUUGGACACUUUACGAGUUUGCCUUUAUCGUUGUCCUGAUAACUACCACACACUUUGGCUCCGAGGCAUUCCCUAAAAACCCUGGACCGGCCUUGGUUGUUGUUAUUGGAGUCAAGAACAUCAUUUCCUUUGGUGCUAGCUUUGGUAUUGUACCAAUGGUGCACGCUUUCAACUACUUGACUGCUUUCAUGAUUCUUUUCGGCAUAUAUGUUGGCAUUUUCUUGCUUGGCAUUCCCGUUUAUUUCUUCAACCACAAGUGGAGAGCAUACAUGGCCAGGGAGAAGUAA